AAAAAGCACCGGGUUUGUACUCCACCAGUACGAAUGUUCCGCCUCUUGAAUCACAGAGCCAGCUGCAAUUUGAGUGUGGCCAUUCUGGGCCAUGGAUACAAGCUCUAGCGGUCUCAAAAACUGUUUAUUGACAUCGAGCUAAUAAGGUUUGUAAGCCGGGUAAAGAAACAGUGGCCGCAUUGAUCUGACGUCACACGUGUUAACCAGUGAAUGCAUAGAGUCAAGAAGGUCAAACUUUGUGACAAUAAAGAGGGUAUCUGGACAAGCUGUGUGACUGUGAGCAUGACGGCUGUGGACGGCCUUUCGGAUAAUGCAGAGGUGGUGGAAAUGGAGGAUGUGCCAUCUCAGUUCUUUGUGGAGAAACACUCUUGGGAGGGCCUGCGAGAUAUUAUCCACUGUAGCAGGAAGUACUCAGGCAUGAUUGCCAACAAGGCUCCCCAUGACUUCCAGUUCGUGCAGAAAAAUGAUGAAAAUGGACCCCACUCCCACCGGCUCUACUACCUCGGAAUGCCUUAUGGAAGCAGAGAGAACUCAUUACUCUACUCAGAAAUCCCCAAGAAGAUUCGGAAAGAGGCCCUCUUAGUGUUGUCAUGGAAACAGAUGCUGGAUCACUUCCAGGCUACGCCGCACCAGGGGGCAUAUUCUCGAGAGGAGGAGUUGCUGAGAGAGCGUAAACGUUUGGGAGCAUUUGGUAUUACAUCCUAUGACUACCAUUCCCAGACUGGACUGUUCCUCUUCCAGGCUAGUAAUAGCCUAUUCUACUGUCAAGACGGUGGCAACAAUGGUUUCAUCCAGUCAGCUCCUGUAAAGCCUAUGGAGAUCAAGACCCAGUGCUCAGGGACCCGUAUGGACCCCAAGAUCUGCCCUGGAGAUCCAGACUUUAUAGCCUUUAUCAACAACAAUGACUUGUGGAUAGCCAACAUUAAGACAGGCGAGGAAAGGCGACUCACGUACUGCCAUAAAGGUUUAGAUAAUGUUAAGGAGGACCCCAAGUCUGCAGGUGUAGCAACUUUUGUCAUCCAGGAAGAGUUUGACCGUUUCACUGGCUACUGGUGGAGCCCCACAGCAGUAGAAGACCCUAAUGGAGGUAAAACAGUGUACCUUCUGUAUGAAGAAGUGGAUGAGACAGAGGUAGAAAUUAUUCAUGUUCCAUCUCCGGCACUUGAGGAGCGAAAAGCAGAUGCAUACAGAUAUCCUCGCACAGGUAGCAAAAAUCCCCAGUCUACACUUAAACUGGCAGAGAUCAAGACAGAUCAUCAAGGAAGAAUAGUGAGCACACACGACAAAGAACUGGUCGCCCCCUUUAACUCCUUGUUUCCUGGGACAGAAUACAUCGCCAGAGUAGGAUGGACGAGUGACGGCAAAUAUGGUUGGGCAGUGCUGUUAGACCGCAGUCAGAGGAAACUGCAACUUGUUCUGCUGCCACCCGCCCUCUUCAUCCCAGUGACAGAUGAUCCAGCUCUAAGACAGGAGAGUCUGGAGGCUGUGCCCACUAACACGCAGCCAUACAUAAUCUAUGAAGAAACCACUGACGUCUGGAUAAAUGUUCAUGAUAUAUUCUAUCCCUUUAUUCAAACGACAGAAGAUGAGUUUACUUUCAUUUGGGUAAAUGAGUCUAAAACAGGUUUCAGCCAUCUGUAUAAAAUCACAUCCCAGUUACAACCAGGCUGCUACCGUUGGAUAGAGGAAUACCAGCACCUAGAGGGAGACUUUAAAUGUGCAAUCAAAGAAGAGGUUACAUUGACCUGUGGGGAAUGGGAAGUGUUGGCAAGACAUGGUUCCAAGAUCUGGGUCAAUGAGGCAACAAAGUUGGUGUAUUUCCAGGGCACCAGAGACACUCCUCUGGAGCAUCAUCUUUACGUGGUCAGCUAUGAGUCACCUGGAGAUGUGGUCAGACUAACUAAGCCUGGCUUCUCUCAUAGCUGCUCUGUUAGUCAGAACUUUGACUUUUUUGUCAGCCACUACAGCAACGUGAGUACUCCUCCCUGUGUUCACGUCUACAAGCUGACUGGCUCAGAAGGUGACCCGUUGCACAUGGUUCCUGAGUUCUGGGCCAGCAUGAUGGAAUCGCCAGGUUGUCCGGGAGAUUACAAUCCACCUGAGAUUUUCGACUUUCCGGGGAAGUCAGGCUUCCAGCUUUAUGGGAUGGUAUACAAGCCUCACAACCUGCAGUCUGGGCGGAAACACCCCACUGUUCUCUUUGUCUACGGAGGCCCACAGGUGCAGUUGGUUAACAACUCUUUUAAGGGCAUGAAAUACCUCCGCCUGAACACGCUGGCUUCUCUCGGCUAUGCUGUGGUUGUCAUUGAUGGGAGGGGUUCUUGUCAGAGGGGCCUUGAAUUUGAAGGAGCACUCAAAAACAAAAUGGGUCAAGUAGAGAUUGAAGACCAGGUGGAGGGGCUGCAGUAUGUAGCAGAGAAGUUUAACUUUGUGGACCUGAGCCGUGUUGCCAUCCAUGGCUGGUCCUAUGGAGGUUUUCUUUCUCUCAUGGGCCUCAUCCAGCGACCCAAUAUCUUUAAGCUGGCUAUUGCAGGAGCCCCAGUGACUGUGUGGAUGGCCUACGACACAGGCUACACAGAGCGUUACAUGGAUGUGCCUGAGAACAACCAACAGGGCUACGAGGAGGGAUCUGUGGCGCUGCAUGUGGACAAGCUCCCUAGCGAGCCCAACCGUUUGCUUAUUCUCCACGGCUUUCUGGAUGAGAAUGUACACUUUUUCCACACCAAUUUCCUAGUGUCACAGAUAAUCCGGGCUGGAAAGCCCUACCAGCUUCAGGUCUACCCCAACGAGCGGCACAGUAUCCGCUGCCCUGAGUCUGGAGAACACUACGAGAUAAUGCUGCUGCACUUUCUACAACAAUACCUCUAAAACCAGACAACAGGGGAGAAGUGAAGUCAAGUUCCCCUCUUCCUUCUUUUACCCCUCCCAACUGUCCGCCCACCUGUAUUCUCCAUGACCUCCCCACCCCAGCCCAUUUAUGUUUACCCCGUCAGCGAGAAACACAUCAGAUACCCAGCAGCCACCAGCCCCCCCCAUUUGUAUCACUUCUGCAUUACAUUUCCUUCUCUCUGUCUCGUUCUGUUACUCAAUUGCUCUCCCAGUCUUCUUCACGCUCCCUUCACCCCCAUGUACAGUCUGGAGAAAGGUUUACGUGCACAACAUGUGGUGUCCCACCCAGAAAGCCGAACAAAGACUUGUGAAGAAAUGUUUGCAGGCUGUGUCAGUCUGACUCAUUGCUCACUCACAUCUUCAUUUCUACAGCCACGAUGGUUUCUGCCAAACGUUAUCAAAUUGUUUGCCCGCCCCCCCAAACCUGUUUUGUUUACUCCAGUCAGAGGUAGAAGCGGGGGUUACAGUUCACAGAUAUGACAUGGAAUGUGUACACACAUUUGCAGACUUAAACUUUUACAGUAUACAUGCAUAUGUAAAAUACAGUUCAUCUCAUACAUAAGCACAGACACUCACACCCACCCUCACAAUAGCCAUACAUACUGUGGGUCUGUACCUUGGAGUUGGUGUAAUAAUCAAGAAAGGAAGAAAAUCAAGGCUCUUCCUCUGUCUGUGUUUUUAGCGUUUGUUGUUUAAAAUGAAAUAUUUUUAUGGAUUUUUAUUCUUUUUUUUUCAUGAGUGCUGAUGGAAGGCACUCAUUGAUGUUUUUGCGCCGUCUUACCCCGUAAUAUUACAUUGCUCGAGAUGUCUGCUUGCCUUCUUAACACAUAAUUUAUAUUUGCCAAAGUACCUCUUGACUCUUGAUCAUGCUGGUAUUUCCCUUUUUUACUGCAAUAAAGACAACAAGAGGGUGAGCACUGGAGUCUUACAACAGCUUUGUACCACCGAAAUACAAUUUGUACAUGAUAAUGAAUAAAUGUAUGAAUCAAUCACAA